GGCUCUCUUCGCGCAUGUCCAGCCGCAGCGGGAUCGGCGAGCUCGUGCGACAAGUCUCCUCGUCGAUGGGCUUGCCUGAUGGACAGAAGGUGGAGGAUAUGCAGCCGGAGCAGCUCUGCGCCCUGCUGAAAAGCGAUGCAGCGCAUGGGCUUAGCUCCGGCAAAGCUGCCGCACGGUUGAAGAAGGAUGGGCCCAACCAGCUUGAGCAAGAGCCCCGGCUCGGGCUUUUCAUGCUCUUCAUCCUCCAGCUCACAAGCUUCAUUAUAAUCUUGCUCAUCAUCGCCGCCAUCGCUUCCAUCGUCGUCAAUGCCACCAACGAGGGCAAGCGAGAUGAAAUCCUGUCCUACACCACAGGGAUGGCAAUCUUCAUCUUGGUCCUUUUGAAUGCUGGCAUCGCGGCUUACACGGAGCACCAAGCUGGCAAUGCCCUGGACGCCUUGGCGAAGCUGUCGCAGCCAGAGGUGUCCGUGCUCCGAGACGGCGAGGUGGAUGUCGUGAAGGGCGACGUGGUGCUCCUGGAGACCGGCGACGUGGUCCCGGCGGACCUCCGGCUCGUCGAGGCUGCCGACCUGAAAGUCGAUGAGAAGGCCCUCACCGGCGAGCCCGACGAUGUGUCCAAGAACACGAAGAUCAAGGAGCAGACGAAGCUGACGCCCGAAAACAUGGUCUUCUCCGGAUGCCCAGUGGCCAACGGGAAGUGCAAGGGUAUUGUGGUUGCCACUGGGAUGAACACACGCAUCGGCGAGAUUGCCAAGAUGAUGGCGAAACAAGACGAGGAGGGUGGCAGCAGCGGCUGGUGUGACUGCCUGCCCACCUCGGCCGAGAACAAGACGCCGCUCCAGGAGAACGUUGAGCGAUUGGGCGCACGCAUCGGCGUCCUGGCCAUCGCUGUCUGCGUGGUGGUGUUUAUUAUCGGCCUGCUCAUUGGUACCAAGGAUCCUGAGUUCCCAGAGAGCCCCAGUUGGGUCUACAUGAUCCUCAUUGCCGUGACCUUGGCCGUCGCUGCCAUUCCAGAAGGAAUCCCACUUUGCGUGACCAUCUCGCUUGCGAUCGGCUGCCAAGAAAUGGUCGAGAAGAAUGUGCAGGUGCGCAAGAUCGCGGCAGUGGAAACCCUGGGCUCUGCUUCGGUGAUCUGCAGUGACAAGACAGGGACGCUGACGGAAGGAAAGAUGACCAUGACGAAGAUGUGGUCCUGUGGCGUAGAGUACAACAUCACCGGCCAAGGCUUCGAUCCCACCAACGGCCAGGUCCAGCGCGUGGGCAUGCUCCUGCCCAACGGGGUGAACUCCAACCGCGACCUGGGCGUGCGUAGCACCCUGCUCUCUGCCGUUCUCUGCAGUGACACGGUGCUCUUCCUGGCCGAGGAUGAGGAGACGGGUGAGGCGACCUGGCAGUACCGGGGCAACUCCUCCGAGGCUCCCAUCGUCGUGGCCGCCAGGAAGAUCGGGCUGCCCGAGGACGUGACGAAGGGCUACCGCCGUCUGGUGAACAUCCCCUUCUCCUCGGCGCGCAAGAUGAUGCUGACGGUCUCCGAUGUCACGGGGCGAACGAGCUUGUGCGAUGGUGGCAUGCCUUUGCCCCCCGGUACCACCGGCUUUACCGUCUGCAAAGGUGCCCCGAACUGGGUGAUUCAGAGCUGCAGCAGCAUCCUUCGAGAGGACGGCGGUGUGUAUCCCCUCAGUGAGGAGGAGAAGGCGCGCAUCAACGCCGGGGUUGUGGACGCCUACUCCGACCAGGCCCUGAGAGUCCUUGCUGUAGCCGUUGGCUUCAGGGCAGAGCCCACGGCACAGUUGGAGAACGACGACGUACCACUAGACGACAAGUUCAAGAUGCUGCGGUCCAACUUGACUCUCGUUGGCAUGGUUGCAUCCCUGGACCCGGACCGCGAGGGUGUUCGGGAGUCGGUGCUGGGCGCCCGGGAAGCGGGAAUCCGAGUCGUCAUGAUCACCGGGGACUACCUGAAGACUGCCACGGCCAUUGCAAGGCGGGUGGAGAUCCUUCGGCCGGAGGACAACGUGGCGGAAGCAGCCGUGGACUGCAACUCCCUGCGCCCGCGGGACGAGACCUACCUGCCAGCUGAGCAGAUGGACGAUAUCACCAGCCGAGUUCGCGUCUUCGCCCGAGCUAAGCCGGCCGACAAGCUGGAGAUUGUAAAAUCCCUCCAGCGGCAGGGUUUGGUCUGUGCAAUGACAGGCGACGGCGUCAACGAUGCCCCGGCGCUGAACGAGGCGAACAUCGGCGUGGCGAUGGGCAUCCAGGGCACAGAGGUGGCCAAGGGUGCAGCGGAGAUGAUCUUGACCGAUGACAACUUCACCUCCAUCGUGAAGGCCGUCGAGAAAGGGCGGUCCAUCUACGCAGGUAUCCAGAAGUUCGUGGCCUUCAUCAUGUCUGUCCACAUUGCCGAGGUCAUCCAGAUCUUCUUCUGUGUCGUCGUCUCUAUGCCUCUGAUGCGCACACCGCUUCAGAUUCUCUUCCUGAUUCUCGUCACAGAUCUGCCGCCCUCCAUUGCGUUGGGCAUGGAGCCCGGCGAGAGGAAUAUUCUGCAGCAGCCGCCUCGGCCGAAGAAUGAGCCAAUCGUGCUUGGAUGGAUGUGGGUGAGCAUCUUGCUGAACGGCUUCGUGCUCUCAGCGGUCAUCAUCGCGGUUUACACCAUCUCCCUGCAUCACUACCUGGGCGUCGUGUUUCUGGAUGAUAUCCUCAAGGCCAAGGAAGAAGGAGAAUCGCAAAAUCAGGUCGACGAUCAGCUUGCGAAGGCGAGGACUGUGGCCUUCAUCUCCCUGGUCUUCUGCGAGAAUGUCCGUGCCUACAUCUGCAGAUCCUUCAGUCAGCCUGUGUGGGUGGAUUUGUGCACAAACCCGGUGAUGCAGAAGGCAGUUCUGGUGGCACAGGUGGCCAUGUUCUGCGCGGUGCUCAUCCCCUUCUUCUCCGACCAGAUCCUCGGCCUGGAUGGCCUCCACAUCGGCGCCUGGGGCUGGCUCUUCUCCCUGUCAGGACCUGCCGCCACGCUCGUGCUUUGCGAGCUGAGCAAGCUUCUGACCAAGUGGCAGAUGAAGAAAUACCAGCGACAGGUCAAGCUGCAAACCGAUGAAGGCCUGUCUGAGGAGGAGUCGUCCAUCUCUGAUUCCAGCUCGGAGUAG